AUGAAUGCAUAAAAAUUUUAUUAUGGUGAAGACAUAAUUGAAAAAAGCAAAGAAUAUUAAUUUGUUGUAUAAACCAACAAUAGUAUAGGAUCUCAAAGUGAAAAAAGGAAAAUUAUUAAACAAAUAAUAAAGAAUUCAUCCUAGCCUAACUUAAGAUCUUAAAUAAAUGGUUUAAAAAACAUUACCGAAUACAAUUCAGAUUAAAUUGGCAUUGAGAAACUUCAUAAAAAAAGAACCUAUCUUUUGUAAAAAGAUUCUCAUUAACAAGAAUGUUCAGGAGGCUUAUUAUCUUCUCAAAUGAAAGGAAUUAAAGUACCAUUUAAAAAAAUACAUACAUCUUGUGAAAAUAUCCCUAUAAAAAAUCAUAAAACUCAUUCACAUAUGAAUAGUUUCUAUCAAGAUUAAUAAUUCCUUUAAGCUCUCUUCUCUUAAGAUUAAAAGAAAGAAGAAAGAGUCAUAAGAUCCAAAUUCACUAGAUCUCAAUUAUAAUUACAUACUUAAACUUAAAAUUCUGAACUUUCAUUAGAAAAAGGUCUAAAAUACACAACCUAAUCCUCUUUUAGAAGAGAAAGCUAAAAAGAAUUGAAAGACAAAAAGUAUGUUUGCUUUAUAAAUUAGAUAAACAGAAUAUAAAUAAUAUAGUUUCAAAUAAAUACUGGCAUUUGAUUAUAUGAUUUAAAUAUAUCGAAAAUAAAAUGCUUUAGAAAACCUACUUAAGAAUGUUAAAUAAUUUGUUGGAUUCAUGAAUUUAACUAUUAAUUUAACCAAUUUGCCAUUGAACAUUAAUGUAAGACGUUUUUAUAACUUAGGGAUUAGAAUAAAUGUUUAAGGCUCCUAAGUAUUUACUCAAAACUUUGAAGCCUUUUAUUCCUCAAAGUUUGGAGAAAUUAUUAUUUGAGGAUGUUGAAUGCCAAAAGUUUAGAUAACUUACUCUUCAAUUUUAAUUAUUUUAUAUAUUAUUAUUUUAGUCUGAAUUGGUUGAUAUUGUAACAAAUGUUAGUGUUAAAUUUAUAAUAAAAUAACCAAAAGAUUGUUAAGAAUUAUAUCAUCAAAUUGAAAAGAUACUUUUGAAUCAGAAUUUUCAUUAAUAAGAUUUUUAAAUAAUUUAACAAUUAUUUGAAAAACAAUAUAAUUUAGCUUAUGAAUAAUUAUUGAAUGAAGCUAAAUCAUAUUACAAACUAUAAAUUGAAUAUGAAUAUGUAAAACAAUUAUAUUGUUUUUGUAUAAAAGUAUAAGAAGCUUUGUCUUAGAAAAUAUUACAUGAAGGGAAGAAGAAUUAAAUAUAUGAUAAAGGAUUUGAUUUUAAAGCUGCUUUAAAAAAUAUAAAAUGCAAAGAUGUAAAAUAUAAUUAAUUAUAAUAGAUAAAACAUGAUAAUUUAUUCAUGUAAUUUCUGCCUUAAAAAAAUUAGAUUAACAAUUAAUUAGAUGAUUUUGAAGAAAAAUUUGGUCGAAUUAAUACUUUAUCAAAUAUCUAGAGAGAACAUGCAAAAUUAGCUGAUAUGAAACACAACUAACUCUAUGAAAAGAUUCUCAAUUUAUAAAAAUAAAUUGAUUGA